UUCAUCCGCUCCCGGCCGGCUGCCCUCGCCUCCGCGCCGCCGCCCGACAGCCCAGCCGACCGGGCGGAGCGUGCAGCCUCGUCCCGCGGCCGGGCCGGGGCCGGGCCGGAGCUGCGGCGCCUGGAUGCGGACCCGGCCGCGGGGAGACGGGCGCCGGCCCCGGAGCGACUUUCGGUCCCCGACGCGCCCUGCCCGACCCCUAAGAUGAAGAGGGCGUCCGCCGGAGGGAGCCAGCUGCUGGCCUGGGUGCUGUGGCUGCAGGCGUGGAGUGUGGCGGCGCCGUGCCCGGGUGCCUGUGUGUGCUACAACGAGCCCAAGGUAACCACAAGCUGCCCGCAGCAGGGUCUCCAGGCCGUGCCUGCCGACAUCCCGGCUGCCAGCCAGCGCGUCUUCCUGCACGGCAACCGCAUCACAUACGUGCCAGCCGCCAGCUUCCAUGCCUGCCGCAACCUCACCAUCCUGUGGCUGCACUCGAACGCGCUGGCCCACAUCGACGCUGCCGCCUUCGCUGGCCUGGUGCUCCUGGAGCAGCUGGACCUCAGCGACAACGCGCAGCUGCAUGCCGUGGACCCUGCCACGUUCCAGGGCCUGAGCCGCCUGCACACACUGCACCUGGACCGCUGCGGCCUGCAGGAGCUGGGUCCCGGCCUGUUCCGCGGCCUGGCUGCCCUGCAGUACCUCUACCUGCAGGACAACGGGCUACAGGCGCUGCCCGACGACGCCUUCCGCGACCUGGGCAACCUCACGCACCUCUUCCUGCACGGCAACCGCAUUCCCAGCGUGCCCGAGCGCGCCUUCCGCGGCCUGCACAGCCUCGACCGCCUUCUGCUGCACCAGAACCGUGUGGCCCGCGUGCACCCGCACGCCUUCCGGGACCUCGGCCGUCUCAUGACACUCUACCUGUUUGCCAACAACCUCUCUGCACUGCCCGCGGAGGCCCUGGCACCACUGCGGGCCCUGCAGUACCUGCGGCUCAAUGACAACCCCUGGGUGUGCGACUGCCGGGCGCGCCCGCUCUGGGCCUGGCUGCAGCAAUUCCGCGGCUCCUCAUCCGAGCUGCCCUGCAGCCUGCCCCCACGCCUGGCUGGCCGCGACCUCAAGCGCUUGGCCACCGCCGACCUGGAGGGCUGCGCUGUGGCCGCCAGACCGUCCCGUCCCUUCUGGACCGGCGGGCCUGCCGAUGAGGAGCUGCUGGGGCUGCCCAAGUGCUGCCAGCCGGACGCUGAGGACAAGGCCUCGGUGCUGGAGGCCGGGAGUCCGGCCUCGGCUGGCAACGCACUAAAGGGACGUGUGCCGUCUGGUGACAGCCCGCCAGGCAACGGCUCUGGCCCACGACACAUCAACGACUCCCCAUUCGGGACCCUGCCUGGCUCGGCCGAACCCCCGCUGACCGCGGUGCAGCCUGAGGGCUCCCAGCCACCGGAGCCCCCCACCACGGGCCCUCGCCGGCGGCCAGGUUGUUCCCGCAAGAACCGCACACGCAGCCAGUGCCGUCUGGGCCAGGCGGGUGGCGGGGGUGCCGGGGCUGGCGGGGCUGGCGGGGUGGAGGGCUCAGGUGCCCUGCCUGGCCUCGCCUGCAGCCUCGCCCCCCUGGGCCUCGUCCCCCUGGGCCUUGCGCUGGUGCUGUGGACAGUGCUCGGGCCCUGUUGACCAGCCACUGAGCGCAAAGCCUCUCUCAGCAGCCAGGUGUGUGUACAUACGGGGUUCCUUCCCACUGCCAGCCAGCCCCGGGUGGCAGGCCCUCCCAGACGGCGCCUCCCGCCUGCCCACCCGCCCGUCCCAUCUCCACCCCGUCAUGUUUACAGGGCGUGGUCGGGGCGUUUGUUCCAGAACGCCACCUCCCGCCCAGAUCGCGAUAUAUAGAGAUAUGCGUUUUAUUUUACUUGUGUAAAAAUAUUGGACGAUGUGGAAUAAAGAGCUCUUUUCCUAAGCUGUGGCCUCUCAGGCUAGGGGUUGCUGUGAGCCGUGAGAGGCAGGUGGGCCUGGAGGUGCAGCCCUGCCCCCGUCAUGGCACAGAGUCCCAGGAAGGGAAGGCAGCUGCCUGGUGGUAUGGCCUGAGCUGCAGGCAGCUCGACCCUUUUCAGCCCAGCACUUGUGGUGGCCAUGAAGACUGACCUCAGUGUGCCUUGGCUCCCUCCCUCCCGGCUGGGCUGACAGCGGUGUCUGAGAGAGGUAUGUGUCCAGCACAGACCAUGCCCAGCCAGACAAGGCUGCCUCUGUGGGGACAUCUGCUCUGCGGUCACACAGAGUCCCUAGAGGUCCCAGCCUUCCAGCCCAGCUUCGGCUGCCCCCCUCUCCCAUGUGGGUUGAGGUGGUCCCAGGAGGAGCCUGAGGUCCAGGAGGACGCUGUGCAGGUGGGCUAGGGUGGUCCUGAUGGAGUGCUGGGUGGUGAGGCUGACCCCACCUUCCAAGGCCUGGCAGGGGCCAUGUGCCACCUUCAUACCACUGCCUGUGGUCUCAUGCCAGUGCUGUGGCCAUGCCUGCUCUGGCGUUUGCCCAGGGUGCCGCAUACCUACACCAUACCGCACACACGUGCACGCACAGGCAGGGCAGGGACCACUUGUAUUCACACAUAAUGCAUGUGCAUGCGUGCUUACACGCAGCACAGGCAAAAAUAUGCACAUGCACAUUUUCACAGUCCUUACUG